UCUUCCUUUGCAACUUGAUGGGAUAAUUGAAUAAAUGACAGAGUAGGACAGCUGUGAGUGACAGAUGAUGGCAUUAAGCGCUUGGAAUAGGAUCCACAAGUCUUUCAGGCGAGAACAGUAAUUUGGGGCAAGAAGAAUUCUGGUGCAUUUCCAUCCAGAGCAAUUGCAGGGACAAAAAAACACACUCUUUCAGCAGUGAGAUUGCUGACCAAAAAUAAUAAUUGUAUUGAUCAUCUAUUUUUGUUCAUUGAUUCCUCCUUCUCUUGCCCGUGGUCUCGGGUGGAUUCUCAGUUUCAAAAGUAGAGAAUUCAGCCACAUGAGUAUAUAACAAUGACAUUUGUUUGUUUUGAACAUACUUUCCAAGGCUCAUUGUUAGUGAAAUAGUUUUCAAAACACAACAGCAAAAUUGCCUUUGUAUUCUUGGUUUGUUUCUUUUGGAUGUUUGAAAGUUUGAUGGAUUCUUGUUUGUUGUACAACCCAGUUAAUAUCGAUUUAUUCAGUGAUCCAUAGUUAAACAAACCAUGGAUUGAUGUGAUGCAUGAGCCCAGUCACUGCACAAACUUCCUUUUUCUCCUACGAUGUUGUGGGCUGCAUACUAACAAUGACUAACAAAGGGGUAAUUUAAUUCUAAUUAAAGUCUAUAAGAAGCCAUUAAUUUAUUCCUGUUUUUUUCCCCCCUGCACAAUUGUCACAAUUCCUGUAAUACAAGAAAAAUGAAGGCAAUUUUUCUAGGCUGUCUUCAAAGAGUAAAAAAGAAGACAGGCUACAUUUAGCAAACAAAGCUAUGUGUUUAGAAGACAGCAGAGAAAAACAGAAGACAAGAAAAAGAUCGAAAAGGACCCCCAAACCAAUACCUAGUUCUUGGCUGUCUCAAGAACAAAAUCGCAUCAAGGUUCUGGACACUUUGAAAGAAACCCUCCAGAAAAGACUGAAUGAUUCCCCUGACUUGGAGGUGGAGAAAAAUACAGCAUCAGAAAUAGCAGAGAAAGUGGAGAAGGAGAUAUUCAGACACUUUGGCCAUGUGCACCGGCUUUACAGAAACAAGUAUAGCAGCCUGCUCUUCAAUCUGAAAUCAACAGACAACCAGCUCUUCCGCAAGCUGAUGCUUGGAAAAGUCACCCCGAGGAGACUGGUUCAGAUGAGCUCUUUAGAGAUGGCCUCCAAGGAACUAGCAGAGUGGAGAGCCAAGAAGAACAAACACGUGCUGGAGCUGAUAGAGAAAGAAGAGCGAGAAGUGCCACGGCAUUGCUCUGAAAAAUUCACCCACAAAGGAAUUGUAGAGAUACACAGAGAAGCAAACAUGGAUUUGGUGCCUGAAGGAAGAAUUGAUCUGAAGAACGGGCCCUUGUAA